AUGACGGAAUUUGACAUGGCUCCAUUGAGCACCGCGCUCGAUGAUGUGGCAAACAACCAGGCCAACAAAGAGAACGACGCGUCCAACAUCGCCCGCGCCAAGGGGUGGGUGGCCCCAGAAAGCUAUGACUAUGGAAAGUAUACUACUACAGGCCCAACUACUGAGCAGCCUACUGGUAACGCAGCCGGGAACGAUAUCCCUGAGUGGGCGGCAAAUGCAGCCAAGUACGAAUGGAAGGACGAGUAUGGUGAUGUUGGCCCGGAGAUACCUGAGCUCGAAGAAAUGCUGUUUCGAAGCGAGUUCAUCAACCGAGCUGGUCUCAAGAUUGGAAAUUUGCAAAAGAUUGAGGUUGUUGCCGAGAGUCGUGAGAGACCCAAUCCUGUAAGAGACUUUGAUGACGCUGGCCUGCAUCCGAUAAUGCGCAAGAACAUUGAGCUUUGUCACUAUGCACAUCCAACGCCCAUCCAGGCGUAUUCAAUUCCAGCUGUUCUCACUGGCCAUGACCUGAUUGCAAUUGCUCAGACUGGAUCUGGGAAAACUGCGGCUUUUCUCAUCCCGGUCCUCUCUCAGCUGAUGGGCAAGGCUAAGAAGCUCGCCGCUCCUCGCCCUAACGUGGCGGCGCCUGGUUACAAUUCCCAUGCAGAUGGAGUUCGAGCCGAGCCUUUGGUCCUUAUUGUCGCACCAACUCGUGAGCUCGCAACCCAAAUCUUUGACGAGGCACGGCGCUUGUGUUAUCGAUCUAUGUUGCGUCCUUGUGUGGUCUAUGGCGGUGCGCCAUCUAAGAACCAGAAAGAAGAGCUGCGGCGUGGCUGCGAUAUCCUUAUUGCGACUCCCGGAAGACUCCUUGACUUCAUGGACCAGCCUCAUUUGCUUUCACUGCAGCGCACUAACAUAAAAUACAGGUACACUAUCAUUGACGAAGCUGAUGAGCUCCUCCAAUCUGACUGGGAGUCGGACUUCAACAAAAUCAUGUCGGGAGGAGAUGUGAACGAGGAUGCCGAUCAUCGUUACAUGAUGUUUUCUGCAACCUUCAACAAGGCUUGCCGUGAGUUGGCUCGCAAGUAUCUUGCAGAUGAUCAUGUUCGCAUUCGUGUUGGUCGUCCUGGAAGCACUCACAUCAAUGUGCAGCAGAAUAUCAUAUUCACCGAACAGCAUAUGAAGAAGCAGUGCCUCUACGACCUUCUACUCUCGAUGCCUCCAUCCCGGACUCUGGUGUUCGUCAAUUCCAAGCCCAAUGCCGACCAUUUGGAUGACUAUUUGUUCAAUAUGGGCCUGCCAAGCACAUCGAUUCAUGCUGAUCGCACUCAGCGUGAGCGCGAAGAUGCCUUGCGUGCUUUCCGCACGGCCAAGUGUCCAAUUUUGGUGGCAACCGGAGUCUCUGCUCGUGGUCUUGAUAUCAAGAAUGUCAUGCAUGUCAUCAACUUUGACCUGCCUCGGGCUCAUCACGGUGGGAUUACAGAGUACAUUCAUCGUAUUGGCCGCACUGCCCGCAUUGGUAACGAAGGCUUGGCGUCCUCAUUCUACAAUGACAGCGAUUCGGAUCUGGCGACUGAUCUUGUCAACGUUCUUCUUGAAAGCGGCCAGAAAAUCCCUGACUUCCUCGAAUCCUACAAGCCCGCGGAUGAUAGAAUUGACUUUCAGGACGAUACUGAUGAUGAAGACAAUGGUGACGGCAACGCUGGUGACGACGCUGGCAACGGCUGGCACGGUUUUGACAUGGGUGACAACGAUGCUGGCAAUGAUAUUGAGGUAUCCAACAUUAACUGGGAUUAGUACUAGAGCUCUGACUUGUCUAGUUGACUGAAGCAUUAACCCCUGACAUCUCGAUUCUGGGUCGAGAAUCGACGAGGCAUGGAGUAGAACCUUUGGUUCAACGGACUUUGCUGUUGUACUCAGAACUCUUUUUCCUUUCCUCUACUUGAAUUGCAGUCUCACUGGACCAAGCGUUUCCUGAUGUUGAUCGAUGAGUUAAUACCUCCG